AAUAGGAAAGAGCCUAGAGUGCUUGAGCUGCAGGAACUGGGUCCAGCCCUCGAGGGACCUGUGCCCUGACCCUCCCCAGUGGCCUUCUUUGUAUCAGCUGUUUCUGCUGCUGCAGUAGAUACUUUCAGGUGCAAUUUCCUGCAAGGUGGGGCACCCAUCUCAGGCAGGUUUUGUGCACCCCACUGACUACCCCACAGGGCCCUCGCUGCCGGUGGCCUCAGGAUGAAAGCGGAGACCCCUGUGAACAGCACAAUGAGUACUGAGCAAGCCCGCAAGAUGGUGGAACAGCUUAAGAGUGAAGCCACCUUGUGCCGGAUAAAGGUGUUCAAGGCAGCAGCAGACUUGAUGGCUUACUGUGAUGCCCACUCCUGCGAGGAUCCCCUCAUCACCCCUGUGCCCACUUUGGAGAACCUCUUCUGGGAGAAGAAGUUCUUCUGUGCCCUCCUUUGAAUUGCUCUGUCCCUCCCCACAAGCUCUUCACCUUUCCCUCUCCUAGGCCCUUCCUUAGGUCAGUAACUGUCGUGAGCCCCUGAGGGUCCCUGCGUCCCAUCCCUAGCCCUUGUCCAACCCUGUGAGGUAUUCUGAAGCUCUCUGUCACCUAUCUGUCGACCCCAUUUUGUCGCCCACUGCAGCUGAGCUCAAGUACCCCCUGACUGGGGGAGGCCCCUUUAGCUCCAUCCCCAGAAGGGCCGUCAGACUCUGCCAGCAUCCUGCUGGCUUCUCUCUGUGACUGGUCAGACAAUGGAGAGAGGGAUAGCCCGGGUCAGUGCUCU